UACUUGGUGAGCUUCUCUCACCCUCACUCUGUUUUACACCACUCACACUCUGUUUUUGUUUACUUGUGUUUCAUCUUAACACAAGCUUGCUCUUUCUCUUUACUCUUUCACGUUUCUUUUGUGUUUAUGUAGAGAGAGAAGAGAGUUUAGUUGGCUUUUGCCUCUUCUUCUUUCCUUGGGUGGUAAGCAAUCUCUUGCUUCCACUUCUUUAUUCUUUUUCGACGGGACUCCUUGGUCAAUUCUUCUUCUUGUUCAUUUUCAUGUGUGGCAAGCUUCCUUGCUUCCACUUCUUCUCUUGAAGGAUUUAAUCAAAGUUCAAUCUCGAGAGCUACGACCACAAUGACAGUCCUUGAACCACAAUGAUGUUAAAAGACGCAAGCUACAACACACAGCAUCACUUUUAGACUUGGUUCUAAAACUCUCAAGCAACAUAAACUUUUCGAGAACAAAAUCAGUUGAAACCAACACCGUACGUUUAAUUACGAAAACUAAAACCUAACUGGGGAAGAUGAAAACAAAAGCUUUAACUUGAGGAACAGAUAUAAACUCAAAAUUUUGAAGAACCCUAAUUUAUAUUUGGAAAUUUUCGAGUCUCAGAUAUGAAGAAGAGGAAAGACGGGUCGUUUUUCUUCUGACACUAAACGAUGUGUUUCAACUAACGGAGGUUUUCAAAAUUUUAACGUGGCUAAGUAACAGAGGGGCCAAUUAGAUACCAUUUCUUAGGUUGAGGGUUUUUCCGUUGAAUCUUUAAUUUAGGGGUUUAUACCCGAAAUAAACUUAAUUGAGGGGGUUUUAUGUUAAAAAUCCAAAUACUAACUAAAAGUAUUGAUAUCUAGAUAAUUUGUAUAUAUUAUCGGCUAACUAUAACAAAAAAAUUCAAGUGAAAUUACAACUUACAUCAUAAAGAAAAGUGAAAAAUAUUUCCAAGAAUCAUGGUAACAACUAAUAGUUGGUACUUCACCCUUAAUAAACUCUCGUCUUCUGAGCUGAUAAGCCGGAGAUGGUACUUGACGAGGCAAUGCGACGGUAAUGCGGCAGUGGAGGAUGAUGGUCAUAAAGAAAGCAUUUGUUGAAGUGUGAAGAGUGAAUAUGAGCUAUUUCUUAAACAAGGCUCGUGCUUUCCGGUUUCUGCGAGUUUACGCGCCGUCGUGUAAUCACAUCCAAAACUUGAUGGUUCGGACGAGAGAGAUUUGAAACUGAAUGUUUGAAUUUGUGGCAAUGAAUUUAAGGAUGAUAAAAUUUCUUAAUAGAAAGGAUCCCAAUCUAAGAAAAUGAUGAUUUAGUGUUUGAUAAUUUAUCUUUUUGUGAAAAGAUGUGUUUGUGGUUUGCAGGAGGAAGCGAGUGUGGUUGCAGGAGGAAACGAGUGUGUGCGUGUGUGUGUGUGUGAGAGAGAAAGAGAGAGAGAGAAGAUGCAUCGUCACGCCAUCACACCAUUAAACUAGAGAACGAAUAGGGUCACAAAGGUCAUUUCUCAUCUUCUGCCAUUGGGCUAGUGAGCCAUUGUUUUUUUUUCAUCCAUAUAAAUUUCUGAAUCUUUGUAUAUUUCCCUCGUAAGUAAUAUAUUGGAAAAUGAUCAAAACGUCACACUUUUUCUUUGCAUUGCAGAUUAAGAAUACAUGUGAAACUCCAACAUUGAAAAGUCGGUAUAUAAAAUGUUCAAAUUAUAAUUCUUCUUAGAAAUCAUAAUCCUUUGAUGACAAAUUCCAUGCAUAGGGUGAAAGUAAUGUUUAACUAUAUCAAUUAAUUGUUGGAUAAGUGACAUAAAAGUCCAAGAAACUAAUGCAGAAUUGUUCUCUAGUUUCUUGCUUAAGGAAACUAUACGACGUACGCGUAUAUAUAAAACUUCAUCUUUAAAACACUUAUAAAGGUAUAAAUAAUAUUAAGUUAACAAGUUAUUAACUAAGGAAAUGUCGUCAUCAUGUAGCGUAUAUGAGAUGUAUAUGCUGUCGACUUAUCCUAAUUUGAACUCGAAUAAUGGUAAGUCGAGUCCCAGGGGCGAAGCCAGACCUAUUUUCUCCUGAGUGCAUACAAUUAAUACAAGUUAAAAUAAUUUAUAAUAUAGUGAUAUAGUGGGGCAUCGAACUCUGGAUCAUUGAAAAAUGUGGGUGCACCUUAACCAAAUAAGCUAUUUCAACCAAUACAUACAAUGUAAAAACAUAUUAAAUAAAGAUAAUAGGGGGUGCACGUGCACCCAGACUCUUCCACCUAGCUUCGCCCCUGAAGUCGACUACACUAAUACACAUCAUUAGCUACAAACCAAAUUGAAAACAUUUUCUUAUAUAGUUCUAUGUAAUAUAGUAAUUAUUGUCGGUUUGAUAUGUUAGUAUUUUAUACAAAGGCGAAAAUCUAAGAACAAACAAUUAAAUUAACUAAUCAUUACACACGCUAUCUCAAAGUCGACUGACUUUUAUAUAACAAUGACCACGGUCAGAUUCACAAUGUAUAUUUAACCGUUCUCAUUAUCCAACAUGAUUCAUCAAAUUUACAUUUUUUUCACAAAUAAAAACUCCCCCUUUGCUUCCCGUUAUUUAUAUACUCUCCUGAUCAUACAGCAAUGAAUAGAAAAUACUUGGAUCGAAGAUCAUAUUCAUGGUCUGGACAAUCAAGACCAUACAUAUGCGACUUUUGCGAGAGAGGUUUCUCCAACGCACAAGCUUUAGGAGGGCACAUGAACAUCCACAGAAAAGAUAGGGCAAAACUGCGGGAAGCGAACUUAAAGGAAGAUAAUCCUGAAGACUCCAUAUGCACCAAUUCAAGAACCAGGUUCGAGCAAGUUCCGAUUGAAUUGCCUUUCUUCGUUGACACGAUAAGUCCUACAAGAAAAGAAAACAAUAAUAAAAGUGGAAACUAUUUGGGAGAUGAAGAAGAGAAGAAGAUGAGGUCGUUAUUUCAAAAAGCUUUGUCCAAAAGUGCAGAAGUGAUAGACCUUGAGCUUCGUCUAGGAUUAGAUCCUUAUAAGAAAUCACCAAGUAAGUAGUUAUGUGAAUAUAUAGUUUAGUCACCAAAAUAUAUAUAGAUGUAAUAUGUGGAUAUUUUUUUGUUCGUUUGAUUUGAUUAGUUGUUGAUUUGUUAAUAUUGCACUAAAAUUCUAACUUUGUAUGUACGUAACGGUAUAUGGUUUUGAUGCGUUUUGUAAAAUACUAUAUGAUUAACUAAGGCUUAAGCAUUUUGUUUUAAAUUCUGAAACAAAAAUUCAAGAUACUAAGCAAAUAUGCUCUUUUUUUUGCAUAUAACAAUUUCCACUAACGAUUGGACCUAAGUUAAAUGUACUAUAUAGCAUUUAACAAAAUAUUAGAGCCUAGCAAGUAUGUUGAUCGAAAAAUAUAGCAAACGUGACGCUACCAUACAUAGUUUUUUUUAACUCUGCUUUCUCAAGAGGGACCUCCAUUUUGGGUCGAUGAGAAUGUAGAUGGAGCUGAAGGUGGUAGUAGUUUAUUGAUGAUAAUGGAGUAUUCACAGGACUAGAGUCAGUAGAUGCAUAUUCCCGAAAAAAAACUAAAGAGGAUGGUUAAUAAAACUGAGUCAAAAGAUGCAAGAAAUGCAGUGAACUAAUCCAGACCGAAGAGGUCGAGAUGGCCGCCGACCUAUCAAGUAGGGAUCAUUUGAGAGCCUUGUUUAGCUCUUUCUUUGCUCUCGUCAUUUAUUUCACAAUCUACUACUACUAUUUUGAGUCACAGUUUGUAAUUUCCUUUUGCAAUUUCAACUGAAAACCUUUUAUAAAAAGUGAAAAACAUAAAAGAAGAGGAGCUCUAUUUUUAUAAAAGCAUAUAAUGUUCUUAGAAUCUGCCCAAAUGCAUGGCAUGUUUUUGUGUGUAAUGUUAGUGGUGCUGAAGCCUGAACAUCAAGUUCAUAGAUUUUGUAAACCCAAUCUGAAAAAUGUGAUAAAAUCAAAUCAAAUACACAUGACGCAAAAUAAUAAUUAAAGAUAUAUAGUUAUAAUAGUUUUACUCUUUGUCAGGCGCACACCGAGGCAUCUCUCUUACGCAGUAGUGCUUCUCAUACAAGUUGGAAUAUAAAACACCUUGCUCCAUCUCUCUUUUUCUCCAGCCUCCAUCAUCCACCUACUCAUUGAUUCGAAAUGAGAAACAAAA